GUCAGCUUGUUAAGUUGGCGUAUUGGACUGACUAAGUCCCCGUACGCCACAGUGAUUGUUUUUUUUUUUUUUUAAAGAUAGGUGUACUUUGCUAAACGGUUUCGUACAAAAGACAUUUGUCAGAAAACGCGACAGCAGAUGGAUUCAUUUAGCCGUUUCAAAGUUACCGAGUUUGGUUAGCUAGCUGGAGUGAGGAUUUUAAUUCUAGACAAGUCAGCACACCCAGACACACGCAUUUAUAUAGCCGGGGUCCCGCCGUGUAAUUUAGCGCAACCAAGGCUGUGUACGUCCCUCAAUGCUUCCCAGGCUGCUCCGCUCUCUGCCGGGCCUGCAGCUGCUUCCCCGGGCCUUUUCUACUCGGUCUCCAGCUCCACCGUACGGGCGCCCGAAACUGCAGCGCACGACCGACCAGGACGAGGACCCGGAGCCGGAGGAGGAACUGGAAGCCCUCUUUAAAGAGGCAACACAAAGACAGAAAACCAUCAAGUUCCACAGGCUGAGGCGCCAACUGACCCCCCCGGGGGCCCCCACAAGGAGACUGACCUGGGAUGCCAUAGAACAGAUACGUUACCUGAAGGAAGAGUUUCCCGAAGAGUGGACCCUGGAGCGCCUGGCAGAGGGUUUCUCCGUCAGCCGUGAUGUCAUACUGAGGGUCCUGAGGAGCAGAUUCACCCCCCCUCCGGAGACACGUGCCCGACAGGAUGCCAGAGUAUCGGCUGCCAUGGGGACACAGCCCCUGUUACCUGGGCACCAAGCCAGACGUGAUGGGGUGGCACUUCUGGGCGGUGCCACGGCUGCCCUCGGCCCGCCCAGCAAGGGUGUCCUGAAAGCUCUGCCCUCUGGGACACAGACAGACAGGCCCAGCAUAACCGCCAUGGUGCCCCUUCAUAGUGGAGAGGGAAGCCCCAUAUCGCCCUCUCUGCAUCCCUCUGAAAGUCCCCCUCAGAACAGCAGACAGACCCCGCAGGGGACAGAAGGCCAGACUGAGGGCCAGGAGGAGGAGGAGAAGGAGGAGGACUGCUGGAAUGGCUGUGUCCUUUCAGAGCAGGAGCUGUUGGAGCUCGUGGAAACAUUCCCAGAGCAGGACGCUGCAGUGGUCAGGAAGGCCAAUGAGUUUUAUGACAGCAAGGGCAACUUCCUGUACCGAUUGUGAAUCUGUUUGAAAUUGAAUUGUAUACAUAAAUCUGAUAGUGUAUUUGGUACUUUAACUAGACCUGGGGUGAUGUGAACAUUUCACACGUGUUCAUAAGGCAGACAGUCUCAUCGCAGCA